CCUGCACCCCCUCUCCAGCCCCCUCUUUCCCCCCCCCCCCCCCCGUGCUGCGUUCAGUGUCUCCCCUGCUUUCUGGGAAGCCGCUCUCCACCCUCCUGCAACCCUCUUCCGGGCAGCCCCUCUCCGUGCACCUCCUCUGCGCAGCCCCCCCUCCCGCGUGUACCCCCCAACCCCCUGCAGCCGCAGCCCCCUGUGCCCCCGUCUCCAUGCAGCCCACCUCCCGUAGUACCCCUGGUGCCUCAUUGCAUAUCGCCCCUCCCUGAAGCCACCUCUCCGUGCACCCCUCGCGUACCCUUUUGCAACCCCCUUGAAGCCCCCUCCCCGUGCUCCCCCUCUCUCUGUGCUCUCCUGCAGCCCACCUCAUGCACCUCCCUCACUGUGCACCCCCAAGUACCCUCCCUGCAUCCCCACCUUCACCCCCUCUCUCUGUGCACCCCCUUGAUUGCUGUCCCCAGUGGUCUCCCCCCGUGCAACCCUCUCCCUGCUCUCUACCGUCCCGAUGCUGCACCUAAAAAAUCCUUUCCUGCCCUCCCAGUUGUGCAAUGCUUUUUUCUUUUUCCUUUUUGUAUUUUUUUCCCCACCUCACCCCAAAUCUUUCCCGCAGCCCUUGAUGCACCCUCAUCACCCUGUGAGGUGCACCAGGAGGGAUGUCCAUGGGCACCCUGAGCCCUGGCAGAGCUGGGGUGCUCCCCUAUGCCACUCAUCCCCCUCCACCACCCCACUGCACCCCACUGCUGCUGUGAUUUUAGUCACUUUUUAGAUUAAUUGUGUUUUCAGCUCAGUUUUUCUCCAUUCCAUGCUGGUUCCUCCCUGAAGGCAUUUGAGAAGCACAUGUGGAGUUCAAUCCCAUGAUGCUGGGCAGGAUGUCUGGAGCAUCCCAAAGCCACGCAGCUGGUGACCCAGGGCUCUCCCACUCCUGCUGGGAUGGCGACGCCGGACGUCAGCGUCCACAUGGAGGAGGUGGUGGUGGUGACGACGCCCGACGGCGCCGUGGACAGCGGGGGCAUGGAGGAGGUGAAGACAGUGCUGGUCACCACCAACCUGUCCCAGCACGGUGGUGACAUAAACGAAGACACUCUGGAGACUGAAAAUGCAGCUGCUGCAGCUGCUGCUGCUUUCACGGCCUCCACACACCUGAAGGAAGCAGUUCUAGAAGUGAAGAUGGCUGAAGAUGAGGACAGUUUGGAGGCAGAGAUUGUCUACCCCAUCACCUGCGGGGACAGCAAAGCCAACCUCAUCUGGAGGAAGUUUGUGUGCCCUGGGAUCAAUGUGAAGUGUGUGCAGUUCGAUGACCACCUAAUUAGCCCCAAGGAGUUUGUCCACUUGGCAGGCAAGUCCACCCUGAAGGAUUGGAAGCGGGCGAUCCGGAUGAACGGGAUCAUGCUCCGGAAGAUCAUGGACUCAGGAGAGCUGGAUUUCUACCAGCACACGAAGGUGUGUUCCAACACGUGCCGGAGCACCAAAAUCGACCUGACUGGAGCCAGGGUGUCCCUGACCAGCCAGACAUCGACGGAAUACAUCCCUCUGACUCCCGCCUCUGCCGAUGUGAACGGAUCCCCGGCUACAAUAACCAUAGAAACAUGUGAGGAUGCCAGUGAUUGGAGCACCAGCAUCGGAGAUGACACCUUUGCUUUUUGGCAAGGUCUGAAGGACACAGGUCUCCUGGAAGAAGUGAUCCAUGAGUUCCACCAGGAGUUGGUGGAGACCAUGAAGGGCUUGCAGCAGCGAGCGCAGGAUCCCCCACUGCAGCUCGGGGAUGCUGUUUUACUCAACAACGUAGUCCAGAACUUUGGUAUGCUGGAUCUGGUCAAGAAGGUCCUGGCCAGCCACAAGUGCCAGAUGGAUCGCUCGAGGGAGCAGUACACACGGGAUUUGGCAGCUCUGGAGCAGCAGUGUGACGAGCACCGCAAGCGAGCGAAGGAGCUGAAGCACAAAUCGCAGCAUCUCAACAACGUCCUGAUGACCCUCACUCCUGUCUCCGUCCCCACACCUCUGAAACGUCCCAGGCUGACCAGGGCCACCUCCGGACCAGCUGCCAUCACCUCCCAGGUCCUGUCCCAGCCAGCACAGCUCGCCGUCACCCCUGGCGUGCCAGUCUCCCAGAUUGCCAACCUCCCUCUCGGCAAAGUGGUCUCGGCCCUCCCGCCCUCAGUGCUGGGGAAGAGCCCGACCCAGCCCCCUGCUGCCAGCUCCCCGGCCUCCCCACUGCUGGGGGGGUACACGGUGCUGGCCUCCGCCGGCUCCACCUUCCCCAGCACGGUGGAGAUCCACCCGGACGCUUCCAACCUGACGGUGCUGAGCACGGCCGCGGUCCAGGACGGCAGCACAGUGGUGAAGGUGGUGAGCCCCUUCCAGCUCCUGACGCUGCCAGGACUCGGCACGACCAUCCAGAAUGUGACACAAAUAGCUCCUGGUGGGAGCACGGUUGUGACUGUCCCGUCUGGUGCCGCCGAGGCCACCGGGGACGAGCACGCUGCCGCCGCCAUCGAGGUGACUGCAGUGGCUGACGAGGCGGAGCAGAAGUGAGAGGGGGGGACUUGCCUGGAGGGACGCUGGCUGUGCCACUCUGGGGGGAACUGCCUCUUCUCUGGCUGCACUGUGGGACAAAGAGUGGUGUCAUGAGGGGCACGGGCUGACAAGACUCAGAACGGCUCGUGUUGGGAGUGAGGAGGUUCAGGUCAGAGGAAAGGAAGGGGGAGGAAGGAUGCCCAGAGAAGGGAAAGGCAAAAGUGCUCUGCCCUGUAUGGAGGAGAGAAGAAAAAAAGAGCUUAUUUUUUUAUAAAGCUUUCCUCCCCUGUUCUCUUGGAAUAGUUAUCCUGCUCUGGCUCAUCAACCCUGCCUCAUAGGCAGGCUCAGCCAGAGCAAUGUCCGCUGGAGGAGUGGGCAGGAGCAAGAGGAAGAGCAAGUGAAGCUGCCAAGCGGUCUGGCAUAAGGGGAGCUUGCUGCUCCCCAUCCCCAGGGGCUGCAGGGAUGGAGAGGGGAUGCCAAGAGCAAGAAUUCCAUGGAUAUGUACAAUCAUCGACACCAGGAAGGGCUCUGUGGCAGUGCGGGUGCAGGCCCCGGGAGGUUGGGUUCUGUGUGUGACACUGGCAUUUUUGGGUGGCAGAAACAAGUAGGAGCUGUUGUGACAGCAGUCAUGGUGGUUGCCCAGGUCUGCUGGGGGAAGGAGUGGGAAGAGAGAAACCCAGAGGGCCAGGAAGAGCUGUGACUUCUGAGGAUUUAGGGUCCUUUUUUAGUUUUCUCAAAAAAAAAAAAAAAAAAUCCAUUCUUUGGGAUUUUUUUUUUAAGCCAACGGCGAUUUUUAAGCAAAGCCCUGGUUGGGAAGCUCAUUCUGCAUGGCAGAGCCGUACUGCUGAACGUGCAGAGCUGAGCCCAGCAGCCACGCUCCAAGGAGCUCACACUUCCUCACGAGGGGGGACCCCGGUGUCCCCGGUCCCCACGUCCCGCCGGGCGCCUCAUCCCGCGGGAGGCGGGCGCUGCCGGUCCCUCCCUGCCGAAUCUGAGCAGCUGUUCCGUGGUGGGGUGUUCAAGCCCCUUCCCCCCAGGAUUCCUUCAGCUGCCCUACCCGCUGCGGCUCCCACCAGGUCCCAUCCCAGGGCCCCGUGUGCCCUGUGGCCGCAGUGAUGCUCGAGCUGUCUCCAGCUGGAAGGAGUCGGGUGCUUGGAGUGCUGGGGUUUCUCCAAACUUUAUCUGGCAACAGCAGCAGCGACAGGUCACUUUAAUGAGUUAAUAAAUAUUUUUUU